GGCGUGAACAAGCCCGAGCUCCUGCCGACGACCCUCGUCGACGGCCGGCGGCCCAACGUCAUCGACGUCAAGGUCAAUUUUCUCACCAAGGGCGAGCAGAAGCGCCUCGACGUCCUCGCGGCGAAGACCGAGAAGGCGUCGGGCUUCAAGAUCCGCGUGCUCUGCCAGUCCUACCCGGAGACGCCGGGCCUCGCCAUCAAGGACUACUGGAAGGUCGACGACAAGACCGUCGUGCUCAUCGCCGACAAGGGCCUCAAGGGCACGUCGAACAUCCUCAACUUCAACGUCGGCGACGGCCUCGCGGACGUGCUGCCGACGCCGUUCUGGACGCGGCUCCAGGGCCGCUUCGGCACCUCCCGCUACUGGCGCGACAAGGGCGAGGACGUCGCCAUCACCAACGCCGUCGAGGCCAUCGCCUACUGCCUCCAGCAGGAGGACGGC